AUGGCUGAUGCUCUCGGCAACCUGAAUGACGGAGAGAAGCAUACCCCUGGAUCAACAACCCCCAACACCCUAAUAUCACACCACGUCGAUGUCGCCCAGGCUGAAGCAGAAUUCAAUGCCCUCUCACGACAACUUACGAAACGAUCUGAACUAGCGAGGCAGCAAAACAGGAGUCAAAGCUCUGUAGCGGGUACCCUACAACAACAAGAUGUCGAGAAAGCUCGCGUCGACGAUUUUGAUCGCUUCGACCUACGCGAAUAUCUCACGUCUUCCAAUGACGCGAAUCAAAAAGCUGGCAUAAAGCAUAAGCACGUAGGCGUCGUCUGGGAGGACUUGCAAGUAGAAGUAAUGGGUGGGAUCAAUAGCAAAUUCUUACUGAACAGGGCUAUCUUAGGUGCCAUUUUGGGGUUCUUCAUGGUGCCAAUCCUAUGGGUAUGGGCUCUCCUUAGGCUUGCAAUGCCUGCGAAAGGGGAAACUCCAACGAAUGUCAUCCUUCACAAAUCUUCUGGCGUUCUAAAACCUGGCGAAAUGUGUCUUGUCCUGGGUUGUCCAGGUGCUGGAUGCACGACGUUUCUGAAGACGAUUGCGAAUCAUCGCGAAGGUUACGCGAGAGUUACUGGGGAUGUCCUCUACGCUGGCAUCGAUGCUACAGAGAUGGAAAAGUAUUACAAGGGCGAAGUUGUUUACAAUCAAGAAGACGACAUACAUAUCGCAACGCUUACUGUUGCUCAGACCCUCGCAUUCGCCCUAUCAACAAAAACACCAGGUCCAGGCGGCCGUUUACCAGGAGUCACGAGGAAGGAAUUUGACAAAGAAGUCUUGGACACUCUACUUCGAAUGUUGAACAUCUCACACACGACGCAAACUCUUGUGGGCGAUGAGUUUGUCCGGGGUGUCUCUGGGGGAGAACGCAAACGUGUCAGCAUCGCAGAAAUGAUGGCCACUCGUGCGCGCGUCCAGUGCUGGGAUAACUCUACCAGAGGAUUGGAUGCAUCAACGGCUCUCGAUUUCAUCCGAAGUUUGAGAAUAAUGACGGAUAUCUUUGGACAGACCACAUUUGUCACAUUGCGAGUGGUCUUUCCUCUCGUGAUAUGGAUUCCAGGAGAAAGUAUCUAUGAGCUUUUUGAUAAAGUCCUGGUACUCGACGAGGGCCGUCAGGUUUUCUAUGGUAAACCUUCUGAGGCUCGAGCGUAUUUUGAAUCAUUGGGCUAUAAUCCCCUCCCUCGCCAAAGCACUGCCGAUUAUCUUACGGGGUGCACCGACCCGAACGAACGACAAUUCGCCUCUGGACGAUCCGCUUUAACUGUUCCGUCAACACCUCAGAUGUUAGAAGAUGCAUACUUAGACUCAAGACAUUCUCGCGAUAUGGUUGAUUCUCGCGGGAAGUACAAGCUUCACAUGGAGACUGAGAAGACGGACCAGGAAACUUUCCGCGAAGCGGUCAUCUUAGAUAAAAAGAAAGGAGUCUCCCAAAAGAGCCCUUACACUCUUGGCUUCACCGGGCAGGUUAGGGCGCUGACAGUGCGGCAAUUCCAGAUGAGAUUGCAAGACAGAUUUCAGCUGUUUACAAGCUUCACCUUGUCCUUUGUCCUUGCACUCGUCAUAGGCGCAGCAUAUUUCAACCAACCUUUAACAUCUGCUGGCGCUUUUACUCGUGGGAGUGUCAUCUUCGCAGCUCUUCUGACAACCUGUCUGGAUGCUUUCGGAGAGAUGCCGAUGCAAAUGGUUGGAAGGCCGAUUUUGCGAAAACAGACAAGCUACAGCAUGUACCGUCCCUCUGCGAUAGCGAUAGCCAACACUCUUGCUGACGUUCCUUUCUCCGCUGUUCGAGUGCUCAUCUUCAAUAUUGUGGUCUACUUCAUGUCUGGGCUGUAUCGUUCACCGGGGGCGUUUUUUACCUUCCAUCUGUUCAACUAUAUUGCAUAUCUCAUCAUGCAAGGCUUCUUCCGCACAUUUGGCCUGAUGUGCUUCAAUUUUGACUCAGCAUUCCGCCUGGCCGUGUUCUUCAUUCCCAACUUUAUCGAAUACACGGGCUACAUCCUUCCCGUCACCCACAUGAAGAGAUGGCUAUUUUGGAUCGUCAUGUUCGCUUCGUCACUUUCUUGCAUUUUGUUGUUUACGCUAUAUCUAGCAUGGCAGGCUUGUGUGGAAAACGAAUUCAUGCGAAUAUCGCUCGUCUGCGAUGGGCAAGGCAUAAUUCCUCGGAAUGGACUCGGUCUAACCAAAUACCCAGAUCAACUUGGCCCUAACCAAGCCUGCACUCUGUUUGGUGCCAAGAGCGGCAGCGACAUCAUUUCUGGUGCUGACUACCUUGCGGCUGGUUAUGGCUUGGACGUGAACGAUCUCUGGCGUCGUAAUCUUACCGUCUUGAUAGGAUUUUUCCUCUUGUUCCAGUUGACCCAGAUUCUGGUCCUUGAGUUUCAAUAUGGACUCGAUCUGUCCAUCAAUAUCUUUACCAAGGAGACAGAAGAAAUCAAGCAGCGCAACGCUGAGCUUCGAGAAAAAAAGCUCCAACGGGAUGAUUCUCACGUCUUUUAUAGCAAGGAGACUCUUGGACAAGGUAGAACGUUUACAUGGGAACGACUCAACUAUCAUGUUCCAAGUCCAAACGGUCCGCUUCGGUUGCUCCACGACGUCUACGGCUAUGUAAAACCUGGAACUUUGACGGCUCUGAUGGGAGCAAGUGGCGCUGGAAAAACGACAUGUCUGGAUGUUCUCGCACAACGCAAGAAUAUAGGCGUGGUAACGGGCGACGUUCUUGUUGAUGGGAGGCCGUUAUCGUCUGAUUUUGCUAGGGGAACGGCAUACGCCGAACAAAUGGAUGUGCACGAAGGGACUGCUACCGUUCGAGAGGCAAUGCGUUUUUCUGCAUAUCUUCGACAACCAGAAACGGUGUCCAUCGAGGAAAAAAACCAAUAUGUAGAGGAGAUGAUUGAUCUGCUUGAGUUGCAAGAUCUAUCAGAGGCCCUCGUUUUCAGUCUCAACGUCGAAGCCCGUAAGCGCUUGACCAUUGGAGUGGAACUCGCCAGUAAACCAGAACUCCUCUUAUUCUUGGACGAGCCCACGUCAGGCUUAGAUGCACAGAGCGCGUGGAAUCUUGUCCGAUUCUUGAGAAAGUUGGCUGACCAGGGUCAAGCUAUUCUUUGCACCAUCCAUCAACCAUCGUCCCUGCUGUUUGAAAGCUUUGAUCGUCUCCUUCUUCUCGAACGAGGCGGUGAGACAGUUUACUUUGGGGACAUUGGAAAUGACUCCCGACUCGUCCGCGAAUACUUUGCUCGACAUGGAGCAGUUUGCCCACCAAAUCUUAACCCAGCGGAAUAUAUGUUGGAAGCUAUCGGAGCUGGUGUUAAUCCCAGGGUCGGAGUUCGUGAUUGGAAAGACAUUUGGUUGGAAUCUCCGGAGUUCGCGGCAGUCGAAAAGGAAAUCGAAGCAAUCAAGUCGGAAGGGCUUUCGCGACCAGAACCUGAUAAAAGGGGCAUAAGCACCUAUGCCACAUCCUUCCUUUUCCAACUUCGAAUUGUUGUUGAGCGCAACACCACUGCACUUUGGAGGUCUCCGGAUUACGCGUUCACUCGCCUCUUCGUGACAACUUUCAUCUCGUUCUUUAUUUCGCUCUCUUUCUUGCAAUUGGGAAACAGUGUUCGAGACUUGCAGUUCAGGGUCUUUGGCAUAUUCUGGGUUAUCGUUCUACCCGCGCUCGUGAUGUCACAGAUUGAGCCUUUGUUCAUAUACAACCGAAUUGCGUUUGCCAAACAAAUGAUAGAAUCUUCAAGCCGCAUAUACUCUCCCUAUGUCUUCGCCAUCGGUCAGCUCAUUGGAGAAAUUCCAUAUAGCAUCGCGUGUGGCCUUUUGUACUGGGUUCUGAUGGUGUAUCCUAUGGGGUACGGUCACGGUAGCGCUGGAAUCAAUGGUACAGGUUUCCAGCUCCUCAUCAUCCUCUUCAUGUUACUCUUUGGAGUAUCUUGCGGUCAAAUGGUUGCUGCUUUGUCUCCCAGCGUGCAGGUCGCCGUUCUGUUCAAUCCUUUCAUCACGCUGGUUCUAUCUACUUUCUGCGGUGUAACAAUUCCGUAUCCUGCUAUGGGCAAGUUCUGGAAGGCGUGGCUUUAUCCCCUAAAUCCGUACACUCGCACCCUCGCAGCGAUGGUCUCCACAGAACUCCACGGUUUGGUGAUUCGAUGCAAGCCAGACGAAUUCGCCAUUUUCAAUCCUCCGGACGGGCAGACAUGCGCCGCAUGGGGACAGGACUUUGUCGACAGAUUUGGAGGGUACAUCGACAAUCUUAACGCCACGGUCGCCUGUCGGUAUUGCCAAUUCGCCGUUGGUGAUGAGUUUUUCUUGCCGUUGAACAUUGAAUUCAGCAAGAGGUGGAGAGACGCGUUUAUUCUUCUUUCAUACUUUGUCUUCAAUUUAAUUAUAACCAUCAUCGCUUCCCGGUUGCUCAGAUACGCUAAACGAUAAAUUCACGGCACAUCAUGUUUAGGAUCAUCAUACCCCCAUUGCGUAGGAUUACGGUCGGAGUUUUGGAGUUGCGUGGAUAGUGAUCACAUCGUAUCCUAGAAUUGUUAUCAUCGGAUAAUAUAAUAAGCAACAAAGUGC